AAAAAUGAAGAACAGAAAGAAACGACGUGAUGCAACUUGAAGAGCGCCGCCAUCAGAAACGGAAAAGGAUCAUGAGUUGGGAAUUGGAGCGCUCUCAAGGUUUGAAUCUCGUUACGAAGGAGCGCGGGAGACAGAGUUUAGGUUUGACUCAAAUGUUGGAGCCGAAGCGGCGAGUGCAAUUUCCAAGUUGCUCCACGCUCCCCCGUCUCGAAUCUCCGGUCCUCUCCACGCCAGCUCGUUGUCUUUGUCGCUGCCGAGACUGAUCUUGAAGCGAUCGAAAUCGAGCUUCCCUGCUACUCCGGAGCGACGCGUUACCCUUUUGAAAUGAUUGUGCAUUUUCGUGGCCGAGGGGCAGUCUAGAUUCUCUCGCGCAUUUGACCCGCUCGAUACAGGUCAAAUUCGCGGUGGGAUACUCAAUUAGUCGAGACAAUGUCUUUCUAUCGAAAUAAGCGUAAAAUUCAGGACGAAGAUUUCCUCGACGAUGAAGAGGAGGAAGAGGAGUCUUCGUCUGAGGAUGAGGGGAGGAGGAAAAAAAGUAAAAAGGUUGUAGGUAGGAAAUCAAGAACUGUUGCGAAGCCCGAAGCUAAACUCGACCCGGAGACAGGAAUCACUGCGUGCGAGAUCUCCAAGAAUCGAAGAGUGGUUGUAAGACAGUUCAAGAAGAUGAUUCUCAUUGACAUACGACAGUACUACUCCAACGCAGAUGAGGAAAUGAAACCAACGAAGAAAGGAAUAUCUUUGAGCUUGGAUCAGUGGAAGGUAUUAAGCGAGAACAUCGACAACGUUGAUGAAGCCAUAAAGGAGAUGAGCUGAACUGAUCGAUUCCGGUGAAGCAUUUCUUUGUUCCUCAACGUAUUGUUCAACUUGUACAUACACAGGGUUUUUUAUCAGAUACUAGGGAACACGAGCCUUUUCGGCGCGAAUUAGUGAGUAGUUUGGUUCGGGUCCAUCCUUGAAGGUACUAGAUAGUAGCGGAGAGUUUAGGGAAAGGUCAACGUCUAUGUGUGCUUGUGAGCUUCAUCAAUCAUUCACAGGACAACUCUAGUGUAAUUUUGUAUGGAUCAAAAGCCACAGGAUUUGAGCCCUCUGGCAGCUGGCGUACUGGACCUGGAAAGCCAAGAAGUUGUGUAAAUCCCAUUCGAGACAAGCAUACACAUGUUGAUCUGUCAGUUUUUGAAUGAGCAAGUUGACAUGAGGGGCGAAUCGGCCGACUCACUCACAUCUGGUCUCUCGUUGUCCUUAGGUCACAUUUGUAAAUUCAGGACGUCAGGGAAAUUAUAUUCCCAUUUUGUCUACCGCUUAUCAUUUGUCGUAUAAACCCUG